AUGAUUUAUAAUGAUAAGAAUGAAGAUUGGAAAGAUAGAGAAAAUCGUUUAGUUGAUAUAAUAAAGAAAGAAUAUUAUUAUAAUAAGAAUGAAGAAUGUGAUGAAUAUAAUAUAGGGGGUGGGAUAAUAGGAAAAGAUAAAUAUGGUUAUAAUGAUUGUUAUAAAGGUGAUAAUAUUAUAUUAAUAAUAACAGAAUAUAUUAAGAAAGAUUGUAUAUUAGAUAAUUAUAUAUUGGAAUAUAAAAAGUUAUAUGAUAAUUUAGAUUAUUAUAUACAUUAUAUUGAAAAGAAGUCAGAUAUUGAUUAUCUUAUUGAUAAUUAUUUUAUAAAAAAAAAAAGAGGUAUAACUAGUAUAAUAAAUGAUAUAGAGAAAUAUAAAAAAAUAAAUGGGGAUAUGAAUGAUAUAGAAAUGACAACAUAUACCAUAUCAGUAAUAUUAAAAUUGAAUAAAGACAUAUUAAGUGCAUUUCCAAUGUUAAAAAAUGUUAUAGAAGCAUUAAAAAAUGAUAAUAACAAUGAAAAUUUUUAUUACAUAAAUAAUAGGAUAGGUAUAAUAGAAAAAUGGAAGAACAAGAUUUUUAAUAUGUCCUGUAAAAAGAAAACAUAUAAAUCCAUAGUUCAUUCCUUUUUACAAACAAAUAAUGAAAUUAUGGAUAAGGAAAAAAAUAAUGAAAAUUUUGAUAAAUGCGAUCAGUACAUGAAUCCAUGUUAUAUUAAUAAAACAUAUAAAAAUGAACAUAAUAAUUAUUAUGAAUAUAAUUAUGUGCAUAAUAAGAAUGUGAAUGAUACAUAUAUAGUUGAUAAUAAUAAUAAUAUGAAAAAUUAUUAUGAAGAUAACAUAUACAAUAAUAACAUAUACCAUAAUAACAUAUACAAUAAUAACAUAUACAAUAAUAACAUAUACCAUAAUGAUAACAUAUACAAUAAUGAAAAUAUAUACAAUAAUAAUAAUAAUAAUAUGUAUGAACCCAAUCAUAUGUAUCAAGGUCAUUUUUCAGAUGAUACUAUAAAUGUCAUGAAUUCUACUAAUAAAAAUAAGCAUUCCAACAAAUUGAUUCAAAAAAUUAAUGCAUCAUAUGAAAAUAAUAUUGUUAAUUAUGAAGACAAGAACUCUACAUUUUUUUACGAAAUAAAUAUAACAACAAAUAAAAAUUUAAUAAGACUAAAAAGUGUUCUCCUUCUGAUUGAAAUAGUCAUGUCGUUUUAUUCAUUCUUUAUCAAAUGGGAGAAACAAAGAGAUAAAGAAAAAAAAAAUAUAAGUGCAAAAAAUAUAAGUGCUGAAAGAGAAGAAAGAGAUAUAAAUUAUAUAAAAGAUAAGAUUAACCUUAACUGUGAUGAUAAUAUAUAUCAUAUGAAUGAUAUAAAUAAUAUUAACAAAGGAAACGAUUUAUGUACACAUGAUGAUAAUAUUAAUAAAUAUAUUAAAGAUACAGAAUAUCAGCAUGGGAAAAAAGAAAAAAGUAAGAGCACAUAUGAUGAAAUUAAUUAUCAACUCUUUUAUGAUCUAAUAUCAGGAAAAGUAAAAAGAAAAAAAAAUAUUAAGAACGAGGAAAACCAUAAGAAAAAAAAAAAAAAAGUAGAUAUGCAAAAAUUGAAAAGAAAGAAAUAUACAGAAAGGAAAAAAAGGAUGAAUAAUAGUAAUGAGAAACCUGACAAUUUUUUUCCAUAUAUUAAAUAUGAGUGUCAUGAAAGUGAAAAUACUGUUUUCUCAAAUAAUUAUGAAAAUAUAAUAGGUACUAAUAGAAGAAUUUCAAGUGAUAAUAAUAAUAAUAAUAAUAAUAAUAAUAAUAAUAAUAUGUCAUCAAAUAGUAGUACAAAUAAUAAAUCACCAAAUAGUGAUAGCAAUAAUAUGUCAUCAAAUAGUGAUAGCAAUAAUAUAUUAUCAAUCAGUGAUCUCAAUAAUAUGUCAUCAAAUAGUGAUAGCAAUAAUAUAUCAUCAAAUAGUGAUAGCAAUAAUAUAUCAUCAAAUAGUGAUAACAAUAAUAUAUCAGCAAAUAGUGAAACAAAAAUUAAAUUGUCACAUACAGAUAUAUAUAAUUCUUAUCAUAAUUAUUCAUAUGCUUCAUCAUAUAGUAAUAAUGACAAUUCAUUUAUAGCAAGUGAUAUAAAUAAUUGUAAUGAUAAAGGAGAAAAUGUUAAUCCUUUACAUUAUAAUGAUUCCAUAGACUCUCCCAAUAAAUUCGUGAAUGGUAAAAUUUAUUAUGGACAACACAAUAAGAAUAUAUAUUAUAUUUCGAAGGAAAAUAAUAUAUUUAUUGAUACAGAAAAAAAAAAAAAAAUAUAUAAAAAUAAUAUUAACAAUAAUAAUAAUAAUAAUAAAAUAAUUAUUAAUGAUAAGGAUUUAAAAAAAAUGAUGAGCUAUAUUAAAAAUAUCCUAAUAUAUGUUAUAGAUGAAUGUGAUACAUAUUUUAAUAUAGAAUUUUUGUACACGUUACAUACUUUUGAAUUAUAUUAUUUAUUUCAUAUAUUUAAAAAGCUGUUAUUAAAAAAGAAAGAUAUAGAAGAUGAUUUAAUAAUAAUGUUAACGUAUUGUGCAUAUAAAAUUGAAAAUAAGGAAAUCAUUGAAUAUUGUUUUUGGAGACUUGUCAGUAUAUUUGAAAGUGAAUGUAUUCCUAACAGUUGGAUUUUAUUAGAUGAUAAAACAAAUAAUCAAUUAAAAAAAAGAUUUGAUGAAUUAAAAAUUAAUUUUAAAGAUAUGAAAAAAAGGAACAAAAGUAUAAAGAAAAAAGCAAGAAUAAAAAAUUAUAGUGAUUAUUGUAUUGACAUAUUUUAUGAAACUUUUAACAUUUUUGAUACUGAAGAAAUACGAGAUGUAAGCAGUGAAAUAAAUAUAAAUGAAGGUAAUUUAUAUUUUAAAAAUAAUAUAAUAGAUAAAGAUAUCUUUAUUAAUUUUAUUAAUAAAACAAAAAGAGAAUUUUCUUAUUAUAAUGAUAUACCUAAAGGAUAUAUAAUUAAUGAGUUACAAAGAAUACGUAAAUUUAAUGAAUUUUAUUCAUGUUGUUACAUAUUAAAAAAUGAUAAAAAGGAAAAGAUACUUAUGGGUUUUAAAAAGAGAGGACAAAAUAAAGUAUAUAUAUAUAAAUAUGAUAAAAAUAUUAAAAAAAAAUUUAAAAAUAUUAAAACAUCUUUUAAUGUAUCAGGAUUUUUAGGAGUAUUGGUAUGUAAUUUUACAGGUAUGAAAAUUAAAAUAUAUGAUAAUGGCAUUUCAGAAAAAUACGCAAACUUUUUUCCAAAUUUUGAAAGAAAUAAUGUUAUAUCUAUUAGAUUUGAAUCCAAUAUUAUAAGUGAAUUACCAAGACAUUUCAUUUGUAAUAUUUAUAAAGAAAAUAAGAACAUCAAACUUAUUUAUGAAAAUAAAUGUCCUAUAUGGAAUGAAGAGAAAGAAAUUUAUGAACUCCCUUUUUAUGGACGAGUUAAAAUGGCUAGUGCAAAAAAUUUACAAUUAAUUUUAAAGAAAUGUAUUUUUAAUGAAUCAAAAAAAAAUGAUUUCUUGAAUAAAAAUAUAAAUGAUAUAAUUGAAUAUGUGUCAGCUAGCCAAAUUGAACAUAAACAGAAUUUUAAUGAAAAGGAAAAGGAUAAAGAUAACGAUAACGAUAAUAAUGAUAAUAUUUAUAAUGAUAUAUAUAAGGAUAACAAUACGAAUAAUUAUCAUAAUAAUCAUGAUAACAUGCCUAUUAAACAAAAGUACAAUGGAUAUAAUAAUACAAAGUGUGAAAAUAAAAAUAGUGAUUCAGGAAAUAAAAAAGUUAAGAAACAUAAUGAUGAAUACAUAAAUAGCUUUAUUAAAAAGAAAUUUCCUUUUGAUUUAAUUAAAAACAAUUUGAAAAAGAAAAAAGAAGAAAUUAAAUAUGAAAUUAUAAAUAAUGAUGAAGAUGAAAUAUUUUUAAUAUUUGGGAAAAAUUCUAAAGAUUAUUUUACUUUAGAUUUUCGUCAUCCGUUAUCAACAUUUGAAGCUUUUUCAGUUGCCAUUUCAUCUUUGCUAAAGAAAAAAGCUGUAUCAUGA